AAAAUGCUGCAAGCAUAUUACCAAAUAAUGUUGAUACUAAAUCGAUGGAAUUCAAAGAAAAUGAAAGAACAAUGGAAGAAUUGGUAAAUAAUUUAGAAAGUAUUGUAGCAAAAAUUGCAAUUGGCGGUGAUGAAGAGUCAAGAAAGCGACAACUCAGACUUAAUAAAAUAUUGCCACGUGAAAGAUCUCCAUUUUUGGAAUUUUCACAACUUGCAGGUUAUGAAUUAUAUUCUGAUGAGGUGCCAGCAGGUGGAAUAAUCACAGGAAUUGGAAGAGUUAAAGGAAUUGAAUGCAUAAUUGUUGCAAAUGAUUCAACUGUUAAAGGAGGGACUUAUUAUCCAAUCACAGUUAAAAAACAUUUACGAGCUCAAGAAAUUGCACGAGAGAAUAGAUUACCAUGUAUAUAUUUAGUGGAUUCUGGUGGUGCUAAUUUACCUCGACAAGCAGAAGUAUUUCCUGACCGUGAACAUUUUGGUAGAAUUUUUUAUAAUCAAGCUAAUAUGUCUGCUGAAGGAAUACCACAAAUAGCAGUUGUUAUGGGAUCAUGUACAGCUGGUGGUGCUUAUGUUCCUGCUAUGGCAGAUGAGAAUGUCAUUGUUGCAAAACACGGGACCAUAUUUUUGGGUGGGCCACCACUUGUAAAAGCUGCUACUGGUGAAAUAGUCACAGCUGAAGAUCUUGGUGGUGCUGAUUUACAUUGUCGUAAAUCUGGCGUUACUGAUCAUUAUGCUGUGGAUGAUGAACAUGCAUUGCAAAUUACGAGGAAUAUUGUUGGGAGACUCAAUUGGUCAAAAAAAUCAAGUGUUACAAUAAAGGAACCAGAAGAUCCAUUAUAUCCUGCAUCAGAAUUAGGUGGUAUUGUAGGUGGCAAUUUAAGAAAACAAUUUGAUAUAAAGAAUGUUAUUGCUCGUAUUGUGGAUGGUAGUCAUUUUGAAGAAUUCAAAAAAUUAUAUGGAACCACUCUGGUAACAGGUUUUUCACAUAUUUAUGGUUACCCAGUUGGAAUAGUAGCAAAUAAUGGAAUUCUUUUUUCAGAAUCUGCUAUCAAAGGAGCUCAUUUUAUAGAACUUUGUGCGCAACGUGGCAUUCCACUUAUAUUUCUUCAGAAUAUCACAGGAUUCAUGGUGGGGUCUUCAGCUGAGGCGGGCGGGAUUGCCAAAAAUGGUGCAAAAAUGGUAACUGCUGUAUCUUGUGCCAAGGUUCCAAAAAUAUCAGUGAUUGUUGGUGGUAGUUUUGGCGCUGGUAAUUAUGGUAUGUGUGGAAGAGCUUUUGGUCCACGAUUACUUUGGAUGUGGCCAAAUGCUAGGAUAUCUGUCAUGGGUGGUGAAGAAUCAGCAAGAGUUUUAGCCCAUAUAAAACGUGACGCAAUCACAAAAAAAGGUGAACAGUGGUCAAAGGAAGACGAAGAAAAUUUUAAGCUUCAAAUCAAAGAGAAAUACGAAAAAGAAGGACGCCCUUACUUUUCAUCAGCGCGUCUAUGGGAUGAUGGAGUGAUAAAUCCAGCUGAUACCCGUAAAGUACUUGGGUUAUCACUUAGUGCUGCAUUGAAUGCUCCAAUUGAAAAAACUCGAUUUGGUAUAUUCAGAAUGUAA